CUCUUGCCUCGCUAUCCCCCCUUGAAUCCGAAGGCGCCUCGCGAUUGGGUGCUGGGACCGGGUACGUCAGUGGGACUGUGACGUGCAGUCUUCCUGUUUCCUUCAGCUGUGUCUUAAAGUAAAUCUUGUUGUGGAGCGGAGCCCUCAGCUGAGAGAGCGCUGGGAAAGCGACGGCCACUGCAGCCGGGGAAGCCGCGCGGCGCACACAAGCCUCUCCGCCGUGCCCGCUGCUCCUCGGGCCACCGCUCCGCGCUCCAGCCCUCGCCGCCUUCUCCGCUCUCUCUCCCCUUCUUUCCCCGGGCUCCCGGCUCUGCCCUGCGCGCCUCUCCCCUCCCCUCCCUCCUUUCUCCCCUCGCCUCUCAGCACUCGCCCAGAUCACUCGCUCCCGCACAGACUCACCGACCCCUGGGCCAAUUAUCACCAGUAAGACAUCACCGCGUGCGCGCGUGGGUUUCUUCUCUGCCCGCAAGAGAAGAAGAGAGGGGGAGAGAGAGAGAGAGUGAAAAGAAAGAGAGAGAGAAAGAGAGAGAGUGGCUGCGCCCCGCUGCUGCCCGCACCGCGGUCCCGGGAUUCUUGAGCUGUGCCCAGCUGACGAGCUUUUGAAGAUGGCACAAUAACUGUCCAGUGAUGCCUGACCAUGACAGCACAGCCCUCUUAAGCCGGCAAACCAAGAGGAGAAGGGUUGACAUUGGAGUGAAAAGGACGGUAGGGACAGCAUCUGCAUUUUUUGCUAAGGCAAGGGCAACAUUUUUCAGUGCCAUGAAUCCCCAAGGUUCAGAGCAGGAUGUUGAAUAUUCUGUGGUGCAACACGCAGAUGGGGAAAAGUCGAACGUACUCCGCAAGCUGCUGAAGAGGGCGAACUCGUAUGAAGAUGCCAUGAUGCCUUUUCCAGGAGCAACUAUAAUUUCCCAGCUGUUGAAAAAUAACAUGAACAAAAACGGUGGCACCGAGCCCAGUUUCCAAGCCAGCGGACUCUCUAGCACAGGCUCCGAAGUACAUCAGGAGGAUAUAUGUAGCAACUCUUCAAGAGACAGCCCCCCAGAGUGUCUUUCCCCUUUUGGCAGGCCUACUAUGAGCCAGUUUGAUGUGGAUCGCUUAUGUGAUGAGCACCUGAGAGCAAAGCGCGCCCGGGUUGAGAAUAUCAUUCGGGGUAUGAGCCAUUCCCCCAGUGUGGCAUUAAGGGGCAAUGAAAACGAAAGAGAGAUGGCCCCGCAGUCUGUGAGUCCCCGAGAAAGUUACAGAGAAAACAAACGCAAGCAGAAGCUGCCCCAGCAGCAGCAACAGAGUUUCCAGCAGCUGGUUUCAGCCCGAAAAGAACAGAAGCGAGAGGAGCGCCGACAGCUGAAACAGCAGCUGGAAGACAUGCAGAAGCAGCUGCGCCAGCUGCAGGAGAAGUUCUACCAGGUCUAUGACAGCACAGACUCCGAAAAUGAUGAAGAUGGCGACCUGUCUGAAGACAGCAUGCGCUCGGAGAUCCUGGAUGCACGGGCCCAGGACUCGGUGGGGCGCUCAGACAAUGAGAUGUGUGAGCUGGACCCAGGGCAGUUCAUCGACAGGGCCCGAGCCCUAAUCAGGGAGCAGGAGAUGGCUGAGAACAAGCCUAAGCGAGAAGGCAGCAACAAAGAAAGAGACCACGGGCCAAACUCCUUGCAGCCAGAAGGCAAGCAUCUGGCAGAGACCUUAAAACAGGAGCUGAACACGGCCAUGUCGCAGGUUGUGGACACGGUGGUCAAAGUCUUCUCAGCCAAACCCUCUCGCCAGGUUCCUCAGGUCUUCCCACCUCUCCAGAUCCCCCAGGCCAGAUUCGCAGUCAACGGGGAAAACCACAAUUUCCACACGGCCAACCAGCGCCUGCAAUGCUUUGGUGAUGUCAUCAUUCCGAACCCCUUGGACACCUUUGGCAGUGUGCAGAUGCCUAGUUCCACAGACCAGACGGAAGCCCUUCCCCUGGUGGUCCGAAAAAACUCAUCCGAGCAAUCUGCCUCUGGCCCGGCCACUGGCGGCCACCACCAGCCCCUGCACCAGUCACCCCUCUCCGCCACUGCAGGCUUCACCACCCCUAGCUUCCGCCAUCCCUUUCCCCUGCCCUUGAUGGCUUAUCCAUUUCAGAGUCCACUAGGUGCUCCCUCCGGCUCCUUCUCGGGGAAGGACAGAGCCUCUCCUGAGUCCUUAGACUUGACUCGGGACACAACAAGUCUGAGGACCAAGAUGUCAUCACACCAUCUGAGCCACCACCCCUGUUCACCAGCACACCCACCCAGCACCGCAGAAGGACUCUCUUUGUCACUCAUAAAGUCUGAGUGUGGAGAUCUUCAAGAUAUGUCCGACAUCUCACCUUAUUCAGGAAGCGCAAUGCAGGAAGGGCUAUCACCCAAUCACUUGAAAAAGGCAAAACUCAUGUUCUUUUACACCCGCUACCCCAGCUCCAACAUGCUGAAGACCUACUUCUCGGACGUGAAGUUCAACAGAUGCAUUACCUCGCAGCUCAUCAAGUGGUUCAGCAAUUUCCGUGAGUUUUACUAUAUCCAGAUGGAGAAGUAUGCGCGUCAAGCCAUCAAUGAUGGAGUCACCAGUACAGAAGAGCUCUCCAUCACCAGGGAUUGUGAGCUAUACCGAGCCCUCAACAUGCACUACAACAAAGCAAAUGACUUUGAGGUUCCAGAGAGAUUCCUGGAAGUUGCGCAGAUCACGUUACGGGAGUUUUUCAAUGCCAUCAUCGCGGGCAAAGAUGUUGAUCCUUCCUGGAAGAAGGCCAUUUACAAGGUCAUCUGCAAGCUGGAUAGUGAAGUUCCUGAGAUUUUCAAAUCCCCUAACUGCCUACAAGAACUCCUUCACGAGUAGAGAUUGCAACGCUCUUUUGAAUGUAUGGAUAGAAGAAUUCCCCCUUGGAUGUCCAACUUCUCUGUGUCUAGAUUUUGGUUUUAUAUAUUUGUGUGGGGGAGGCAUGGAUAUGUUGUGAUGUCAGCUGUUGGUUCCUGCUCAUCUCUGGGUUCCUUUUCUUUUCCUUCAUCACAAGGGGAUGGGAUGGGCGUUUUCCUUUAGUUUACUUUUGCCCAAGGCCCUUAAUAUUUGGAGACUUAAGGUAGGGUUGGUUUUCAGGAGAAGGGAAUGUCAGCCUGUGUAAAGUGCACGUGAGCUAUGGAGUGAGCCAGUGACUGUGACACAGCUCACAUGCAUACCCCAUGCUGUGUCUCCUGUUUCUCUAGGGUUAAGAAGUUCUGGAAGAACCCGAGGAAAACACUUCACACACUGGAAUACCUUGUUUGAUUUGAGCCUGAUAAGCAAGCUUUUCUUAAACAUCCAAACCAAUGCCCUCGGCAGCUGGGUAGCUCACAUCUCAAAAGUAUCCUCAAAAGACAGAGUUUUAGAAAGAUUGUCACCAAGUCCUUUGUAAGAGAAAUGGCAUAAACCCCCAGACCCAAGUUUGUACAAAACCGACUCUCCUGAGACAAGGCUGGGAACGCACGCAGGCCAACCUGCUGUCUCUGUGAACUUUAGAACAGGCUCGUGGUGAGAUGUGAGCUUGGCCGUGUGGACUUAGAGGAAACCCUGUGCUUUGUCACUAGUUGCUAUUUACUUUGCUUCAGAUAUUAAAAGGCAUGAACUUUCCAAAUGUAUCCUUUGCUUGACUCUCUUUAUACGCUUAGCAUUGCUGUUGCUGUUUAACCUUCUUUCUUCUCCUAAAACACUAAUUUCUAGAUACCUUUCUACAGUAAGGAAUUAAGAAGUCCCACUGACUACGAAACCCUUGCCCACUCUUGGAGCACGCUGGCAGCUGCUAGUGGACCUGAUCUUUACUUCCUGUGAGGACAUCACCCAGGAAUGGCUCAUUUGCAUAUGGGUAUGGAGGGUGGCUGUCUGUCUUUUCCCUCUGGGUUGUAAUAUCUUAAAGCAGCUGACCAGGUCUCUUCUACUACAGAAGCUAAUAUUGACCCAAGUGUGUACAAUAGGUUAGUUUGGGGUUACCCAAAAAGACACAACUCCAGCAUACUGAGAAAGCCGACUUCUCUCUCUCCCACUCUCAGAUGGCUCUUUCCAAACACCCAGGUUUUUGAUAAUGUACCACCUCCUACACGUGCAUGCUAACUAUCGCUCACGUUUGUUUUCUUAGCUGGAUUUUUGUGUACGGGUGCAGUAAACAGCACUGUUCACUCUAAGAGUGUGAUCCAGGCCCCUACUUCCCCUUAGACAAUCUGAUGUGCACACUGUAAAAAUGACACAGCAACAGAUCCAGUAUUUAAAACAUAAAGGACAGAAAUGCCAUUUCCCCUUAAUUUCUUAAAAAAUAAAAAUCAGCGUUUGACUUUGGAGGACUCGGGUCAGCCCUUGUGACUGUCUAGCUGGCUGCAACGCUGUAAUUCAACAUCAUUUAUAAAUUCUGCUGAUGGGCAGGGAUGUAUGAACACAAUUAUUGUCAGCACAAAGCCUUAAAACCUGCUGACUUCAAGCUAAACUGUGAAGCCCUGCGAGGCCCAGCAUCUUCCGGGAGACCAGAAGGCCCCGGCAAUACGGACAGAGUAUGGAUUAGCAUGCUCAACACUGUCCACUCACUACAGUAGCAUCUCCUCGUCUCACGCACCCACUCCUGAAUAGACAAUUGUUAGAGUAUAUUUGUUAUUUUUCUGGCUGUCUUUAAAACAAAAAGGCCAAGGUAGUCAAUCAUACCAGUGAGAUAAAUGUUACAGAUUAAACAGCAGAACCAGGAACCCAAUCAAUACAAGUUAUGGAAGUCUUUGACAUGCUUCAUUUGCAAAGCUGGGGCACUGUGGUUCCUGCAAGGGUCCAUCAGGGUCCUAGCUGUUCUGAGUCACAUGCUAAUCAGAUCUCCCCCACGUUACCCUUUGCAAGGUCAAAGGCAAAGCUGCAGUGUCGUCAGUUGGGUAGACAGAUAGCUAGGUAUCUUCGUAAUCUGGGGCAAAUAAAUAUUGACUCUAGACUUAAUCUUGAUUUUUAAAAUAUUGUUUUCCUCUGCCUUUCUGAUUUAAAUAGACAAAUUUAGCAAAAAAAGAAAAAUGUCUUUUCUACUGAAUGUCAGUGCCCUUAGCUACCUAGACUCUCCUCCUGGUGUUCUCUGAGAUGAACAGAUGAUCUCACUCUGUCAGCCUGAGGACAGACAGCUCGAUGACAGAAGCAGCUCUCCACAGCUUUGCACUGAGGUGGUUGCCCCUAGUCGAGCCACUGGAUCAAGCAUCUCCCGGUGAGAUAGUAGAUGACAGAAGCCUGUCUUUCAAUACCCCUACCACGCAGUUAGUUCUUAAAUAAAACAAAAACCACCAAAUAAAUAAAUAAGAAUAAAAUAACCUAGUAUUGUUCACAUCUUAAUUCAGUUCUCACCAAGUGAAAACCGCUUUGUGCACAGGAGAAAGUUAACUUUUCGUGGUGGGAACCUGGGGACCAUUUCUAAAUGCUGUGUUGCAAUUCCACAUGGCCACUUCUUUUAUGCUAAUCCUGUAUUAUUUGUGUGUGUGCACUCAAGGUGAUAGUCUGUGCCUAGAUCUAAACUACACCAGCGUGGGGAUUUAAAAAAAAAAUCCUUCAAAACACCAGUUCUUUCCCCCCAUAAGUACAAAUGUCCUUGUGCCUUCUGUGGCUUUCUGUCUUCUUUUCACUUUAUUUCCAAGUACAGCUGCAAUAAACACUAAUUUCUUUUCCUGGCCGUUUGACAUGAUGUUGAUAGCUAUGCAUAUUUUGCGUCUUUUUAAAACAAAGCGGGAGAAUAAUGUUUUUGAAGAAGAGAAAUUUUUAGAACAGUUUGAUACACCGCAAAUUAUUUUUUUUUCUCAAUUGUCUGAGCAGCAUUCGCGUUUUUGAGAUUCUUGUAGAAGCCGAUUUUUUUGUAACUGUGGUGUAGCUCUCGUGUGUUAUUAGCCUAAUGAGAAGCACUAUAGAAGCAAUAUUUCAUACCAUGUGCAAUGUGUGUGCAGAAGUGUGGGCGUGAGCACGCAGGCACACACAUGUAAAAAUAUACAUAUGUAUGCGUGUGAAGUGGAAAGCUUACCUUUUCUUAUCUAGACUUUAAGAACCUAUUUUAGGCAUUUGUUAUGUUUUGUGUAAAGAAUGUUCUAUUUGCAACAACACGACCCUGACUUCUUACCGUCUCUCUGGCAGUUCAAUGGAGGUGUUUUGCAUUAAAUGGUAAAAUUGCGUGGAAGAUGUUAGGAUCUAGUAAUUAUUUCAGUGAAUGUUCAUACCAUAUUCCUGAAGUUUGCUUUGUGCCUCUGAGUGUUACUUAAUUGAAGUAUUUUAUGUUUGAAGAAUCCUUGUUACUGUGCUAGGAAUAUGGGUGACUAUCAUUUUUAAAAUAUUUUAAAAACAUCAAAACAAAAAAAAAACACUAAAGCAAAGGGGAACUUUUAUAAGGAAAUGUAAAUAUUUAACCUCAUGGCCGUUGUUACGUAAGACAGACAUGAGAUCUUAAUAAAUAGCUACAGUCUCACAGCAUCUGUUGAAUUUAUUAGGGACAUUACACUGACUGUACAGGCAGUUGAACGCAUCUCAAAAGUCCUGCUCUUGCAAAAGAUACCAGUUUCUCUCUAUCAGAGGGCAAGGGCAAGGAUACAGGCGACUCUGUAAAUCUAUGACAUUUCUUUUCUGUGUACAUGAAGACAUUUAGUAAGUAAUCCCCCAAGUCCCCACACAUGCAGGUUAAUAUCAAUCAAUUAAUUAAAGAGUUGGGGGUUAACCAUAGGCUGCUCCCCAAAAGCAACCAUAAAUUAAUCAAAGCCAGAGUGGUUUACAGAUAUCCCCCCAAAAGCAGCAAUGUGUGUAAGGACAUGAACAAUCCCUUUGCCAUGUGUAUUAUAGAGAAUUCAUUGGUGUGAACAGCACAACCGUUUCCUACUGGUGUAAACUCCGUGUCUGCAGAUUUACAGCGUUGUUUUCAAAGGCUCCCUUCGGAACGUGUAACGGUUGGUUUGUGUCGCUGUGUCACACUUACACGCAAGGAAGCUGAGUUUUGCCUCUGUAGAUCUGUUGGUUUUAAACCGUCUAAAAGACUAAAGCUAAAAUGCUCCUCUUCAGAGCUGAGGUCCAAGCCAGUGUUUAAUCUUUGCAUCCUUUUGAGUGAUCCUUCUAAGACUAAGUGGAAGCAUGUGGACUUUGAGUCUUUUCAACCGAGCGCUCUCUCAAAUCAGACACCCCCUAAUGUGCAGACACGGGAAUGAGCAGGCAAAUGGUUGGCCUGUCUUUGGGAAAACGGAUUCACUUUUUUAAAUAACCAAUUCCUCUGCAUAUGGGGGGGAAUAAAGCAGUUUAAAGUUGUAUAUUGCCACUUCAAAUUGAGGGGAAAAAUUUAAUGUAUUUGGAGUUGGUCUCAGAUCUCUAAAAGAGUCAAAGGUCACAGCUUCCCCCAACAUUGUCCCAGCCAUUUCUCAUAUGUAUAUAGUAUAAACCGUGACAAACACUGCCUUUAUAUUAUUUAGCAAUAUGUUGUAAAUAGCAUUAUGAAGCUCUUUUUUUGUAAUAAAGACCCUAUGAUUUGAAUAUAGUACAAUAACUGAGCUGAUAAAGUCAAUUUUUGAAUUUUUUUUUAGCUAGAGGCAAUUUCAAUUGUGCAUUUUUGUUAUUGUCUAUUGUUCUGAAGACUGCAUAAUUUAUUGGUUUAAUUUAUCCUAAUUUAUUUGAUGAAGGUGUACAAUUUUGUAUUACCAAGGAUGUACUGUAAUAUUAAUUGAUAGGAUUAAAAACAGUGAGACUCCCUGUCCAUAUUCAAAAGAAAACAAAAAGGUGCCGUAGACAAUUGAUUUUAAAGUAAAAAGUAAAAACAAUUUAGUUUGGCAGCUACUAAAUUUUAAAACAAGGAAAAAAAAAAAAAACCUAAAGGACAAUGUUGUCGUGGGGGGGCGGGGAGGGUUUCUGUUGUGUGUUUUAAGCUUUUCUAUAUUCUCCGAACUUUGACCGUUUGCUUUGUACCACUAAAGGGUGCAGUAGUCCAACUGCCUUGUGUGCCUUCCAUCUUCUCCUAAACUGAAUGUAUGUGCAGUAUAUAUGCAAGCUUGUGCAAAAUAAAAUAUACAUUACAAGCUCA